CCAAUCCCUUCCUUUGUCUCGCGUUUGGCAUGGCCCUUGAUAUUGGCACUACGCUUUGCGUAUGUCGAUGGUGCUAUGGGAGGCAUGCUGGCCUGCUGCAAGGAGGAGAAGAUGGAGAUUCGCAAGCGUGACCACUCCCAGGUCUCCAAAGCGCCCAUUGUGGAGGCUGAGCAUGGGAAGGCGCGUGCCAACCUGUCAGUCAAGGCAGGUGCUUUCUCCAUUGGGGCCUUUGCGGCAUCUAACCGUGGGAAGUUGGAGGACUUUUACGAGGUCGAGCACAAGGUCAUCGGGGAAGGGUCCUAUGGAUCAGUGCAGAAGUGCAUGUACAAGGAUACGGGGCAGUGGAGGGCGGUCAAGACCAUCAACAAGAAGUUUGUCAAAGAUCCAAAACAGUUUCAGGAGGAGAUGGCAAUCAUGAAACUCUUGGACCAUCCGAACAUCGUGCGCCUGUAUGAGACCUUCGAUGAUGAGCGGAACGUGUACCUGGUGUUGGAGCUUUGCUCUGGAGGAGAGCUCUUCGAUCGCAUCGUGGCCGAUGGGAAGUUCACCGAGCAGGUGGCAGCUUUCUGUGUGCAGCAGAUGCUGCGGGCUGUGAACUACAUGCACAUCAAUGGCAUCAUGCACCGCGACUUGAAGCCUGAGAACUGGCUCUUGGCAGAGACAGAGGCUAUCGAGAAGACCUACUUGAAGUUGAUUGACUUUGGCCUCUCCAAGCGCUUCAGUCCGGGAGACUUCGCCAAGACCAAGGCAGGAACUCCCUACUACGUGGCCCCUGAGGUGCUUUCAGGGCGUUACAACGAGCUCAGCGACGUUUGGAGCAUCGGUGUGAUCAUGUACAUUUUGCUGAGUGGCUCGCCUCCCUUCUCGGGUGCGGACACCAUGGCGGUCCUAGACUCGGUGAGACAGGCGGACCUCUCCUUCGAUCAGAAGGAGUGGUCUGCCAUUUCAAAGGAAGCGAUGGAUAUGCUGAAGGUGCUCCUAAUGAAGGACCCAAGUCAACGGGUCACUGCAGAUUCAGCUUUGAAAGAAGCUUGGCUUACAAAGCAGCAUGCGUCGCACGACUUGACGCAAGCCUCGCAGGUAGUUGUGCAGAACCUGAAAAGCUUCGCGGUGAUGAACAAACUGAAGAAGGCGGCUCUGAACGUCAUUGCCACGCAGCUGACGGACGACGCUAUCAAGGACCUCAAGGAGCUGUUUAUGGCCAUGGACGACAACAAUGAUGGCACUUUGAGUGUGGCUGAGCUCAAGGAGGGCCUCACCAAGGCUGGGGUGGCAGUGCCAGCAGAUUUGGCGGCAAUGAUGGAGAGGAUCGACACCGAUGGCAGCGGGGUCAUUGACUACUCGGAGUUCAUGGCAGCCACCUUGGACAAGCGUCAGUGGGUGGCCGAGGAUGCCUGCUGGCGCGCCUUCAAGACGUUUGACCAAGAUGGCAGUGGCCACAUCGACAAGGAGGAGCUGAUGAAACUGCUGGGUGGAAACACCUUGGUGAGUGACGUAAUGCAGAUCAAGUACACGGCCAAAGAGGUGGAUGACAUCAUGAAGGAGGUGGACCUCAACGGUGACGGUCGAAUCGACUUCGAGGAGUUCAUGACCAUGAUGCGGAAGAUGCCCAAGGAUCGGAAAGCCAUCAUAGGGAUCGGCCUGCAACCGUCCAAGGCGGCGAAACAGGUGUAACCAAGGCGGAGGGUCCUUUUUUGCUUUUCGUUCGUUUUUGGCCAACAGGUUUGGCUAGACAGGUGGCCGAAGCGAUGCCAACAGGCGGAAGAGCCGUUUCAAGGUGUUUCACCGUGCGCCAAUGUGCGCAGACCGUUAGUGCACCCUGCCCACAUGGUGGGCUGCGAAAGAAGCCAGAGAGAAA